AGCGCACACGACCCAGCCUUAUAAAGGGAGACGAUAGUUCAUGUGAACUCAAACGUCAAGUCAUCUGAAGCGACGAUAACUGGAACAGACCAGACAUCACACACAAGAUGCCGACAUACAAGCUCAAGUAUUUCCAAUCGAAAGGUCGCGCCGAGGUAUGCCGCCUCCUGUUCGCAUUGGCUGGUCAAGAGUACGAAGAUAUCCGCUACAGUCAAGAUGAAUGGAAAACGGAAAAAAGUAAGACGCCAUUUGGUCAGCUUCCAGUGUUGGAAAUUAAUGGAGAACCGUAUGGGCAGAGUUCAGGAAUAAUCGCCUUCUUGGCCCGAGAGUUCGGUAUUCAUGGAAAAACUAGCCUGGAGCAGCUGAAGGUGGACCAAGUGAUGGGCAUCAUACAAGACAUCUACACACACAUGCUGAAACACUUCUAUGAGAAGGAUCCAGCCAAACAGGCGGAGAUACUCAAGGAAAACAACAAAGAUCAUUAUCCAAAAUACCUGGGCUUUUUUGAGUCCAUUUUGAAGAAGAAUGGUAGCGGAUUCUUCGUGGGAAAUAGGAUAACCCUGGCUGACAUUGCUGUGUUUGACACCCUCGACGGGAAGAUUGACGCCAGUUUAGUAGAAUCUUUCCCGCUGAUCAAGGAAAACUGCAAGAAGGUCCGCGCAAACGAGAAAAUAGCACAGUGGUUGGACAAACGUCCCAAAACAGCCUACUAGUUACGGCCAAACUCAUAUCGUCUACAGAGGCGGUGGGGUAGCCCAGUGGUGUAAGUGUUCGCCUGUCAUCGAAAGCCCAGGUUCGAUUCCCGAAUGGGUUCAAUGUCCGGCGACCGUUGCUUGUGUCCCCGCCGUGAUAUUGCUGAGAUAUUGUUAAACACGACUUGCAACGUUACUAUCUCUCUCCUGCGUCACUAUGAUAACAUCUGCUAGGCUCAGAGUUUAGGGCUGCCGAACCUUUACCGUUUCCAAGUCACAGAGGGUAAAGCAGAAACUGUCUUUCUUUUUGUUUUUGGUACUAAAUUUCUCUGGAUGGCGACUAAAAGUGUUCGGAAGCUAUUUAAUGCUUCGAGUUGCAUAUGUCGCAAAGUAUGUAAGAUUUGUGGCGAAAACUGAACAAUAUGCACAACUAUGUUUCUUAACGAAAAUAAAAUAUUUUAAUAGCUGGA